UACAAGGAUUGAUCGAAGUGCUUCAGGCUUUGGUUGAGGGUUACUUCCAUACCUAGCCGGAGCCACAGCUUGAAUUUGUUUCAGGCGAGAUCAAGGGAACGGCUAAUGUAUUUCAGUUUGUCCUCGUCGCUCCCUGUUCCGUCACGUAGUCAUGGGCUUCCCCCUCUUUUCUUUUUCCGAUUCUGUUGUUUGUUCGAUCUGCCGCUGUUUGUUGAAUCUGGCAGUUUCGUUGUCUGGUUGAUAAGAGUAGAGGAGGUGCCCUGGAAAAGCCCACCUGCAAGGCUGACCUUUUCUGAAAAUUUGCCCUGGGUCUGGAUGAGUUCUUCAAAUGAUUCAAAGGGAGGAAAGUGCACCGGAGAUUCUAUAGGUUACGGACGAAUCUCUGGUUCUAAGGAUAACAACAGCAAUGGCAAUGGAAGUAAUGCAUCGAAGGGGUCAUCCUCCUCAAAGGGAAACAACACGAAGCAGAUAGGGGACCGAAUAGGUUAUGGGAGGAAGAAGCCACCUCCCCCGAAAAAGUAAACAAUGCUUCUUGUCUGAUAAUCUGCAUCACUCCUUUUUCUGGUGUUUUGAUUUUGUGUUGUUUCUGUUUUACUGUAAUAUGCUUUAAGUAGUUUUGCCACUUUAAUUGAAGCCGUGUGCUGUUUAGUUGUGUGUGUCAUGGUUUUACCUUAGACUGUAGGCUUUUAUAGUGAAGCUUUUUUUUGAGGAUUAUGUGUGGUUUCUAGUGUUGUUCUUCUAUGCCUUGUAAUGUGCUUUCAACAAGUUUCAUCGUGAAAUGUUCGUGUGUUCUCCAAAUUAAACCCCAAAAACAGAAAUA